AUGCUCAACCAUCACAAAGCAAAAUUCCAAUUUUGGCUUGGUCUGAUGAUAGCUCAGUAUAAAAUUUUAUCGUCAAAAAUUGAGGAAUACCCAGAAACUCUCGACAUAAGACAUCACGCAACAAUGCAACACCCAUUAAAGGAGAAGAAUACAACUACUCUGCUCGACCAAAUAAUUCGAAAAAGUUAUCAUGAUCAUCUGGUACCUACACCUAAUUUUCCGGAUCACAAUCGACAAGUUGCUCCACAAGAUGAGCCUCAGAUUGAUGUGCAGGAAGGAGCUGAAGUGGCAGGAGAUGAUCAUAACCUGAACGGGGAAGGGUAG